CACAGGGCGAGCAAGUAGAUCUUUGUAAUGUCCUUCACAUCGUACUUCAUCACUCCCACAGCGUUCUCGGCCGCAGCAUCGGCCAUUCCUGGCCCACCAGCAGGAUCAGGCAGGCGAGUCAUGAGAAGGCAUCCUACACGACGCUUCUCACGCAUCACACCCCCAAUGGCACCGCUGGGGCCAGGACAAGGCGAGCAGCUGCACUCUUAUGCAUACUCACUGUCUGAAUCUCACUGUCCACUGACUGUGUGAAUCUCAUGCUCUCGUGACACCUUUUGCAAAGUGCUCGACGCAAUCCCCUAUGCAGUAGCCGCCUUGCAUGUCAGCCCGUAAGUCUACGUGACAGACUCAUGAGCCGGUAUGGAAGACAGCUACAACAGAAGGAAUCAGGUCGAGUACUGGUCUCACCCACGCAUAGACAGCAGUCCCGCAGAGGGCCUCAGCGGCAUCGACGCAGUAGCGUUUUCACCCGCCACACUUAGAAGAGAAAACCCUCGCGAAGAAACUCACAUGAUCAUAUCAUAUACUACACGUGACGAGACUGCCCACACGUCACACAUACAACCAUUAAACCACAAAGCUCUACACAAGCUCCUAACGCACUGUACACUUGUCAGUCAUGACUCCUCGUCAUCUUCCUUCACACCGCCCUCUGAAUGGGGGGACAGUAGGCAUCCCGAGCAUAUGAGUGCACCGCCGACGAGGUCAUGGGGGCCCAGUCGAUCGCCCAGCAUGAGGGCCGCAAAGCCAGCGGCGAACACGGGCUCGGUCAAGAGGAUGAUGGACACCUCGCUCGCCUUGACGCGCACCAAACCGAUGCUUUCGAGCAUCGCUGACGGAACACCAAGGGAAAAAGAGGCACAUAUACAUAGCCGAUUUGUCACUGGCAAUGCUUUGUGAAUUCUGUCAUUACCAGUGAGGGCGACAGAGAAGAGCCCGGUGUAGAGGAUUGGUACGGCGAAAGUCGGCAUGGUGAGCAGCUGAAAGGCCGGCCAGGUGUGCGUCUUGAUGGAGUGCACCACCGCCCACAGACUGACCAAGACAGCCGCACUGCAUACUCGCGCAGCAGAGAAGGCCAGCCCAUGCUCCGUCUGUAUUUGGACGGAGGCCGGCGAUGAGCUGUCGUCUUGCUUGAGGAACUCGCGGCCGGCCACCAGGGAGAGGGAGAUGAAGAGAGCUUGACAGAGGCAGAGAAGAUCGCCGAGGCCCAACGAUGCGUUGGGGCUCUGAAUAGGCACAAAUCCGCAGGCACGAGCCGGAGCUGGUUGUAUGUAUUCGGACAUUUCAUGUGUUGUGGCUCACUCACCGCCAUCUCAAGCGAUGCCACGCCCAUGACACCCAUCGCUGCAGCACCCCACGUCCUCAGGCCGACGGGACGGCCCAGCACUCCCUCUAGCAGCGGCACCAUCACAACCACAAGGCUGUCUAGAAGCGCACAUGUCUGCAGCGACAUACACACACGACAGUGUGCGCCUCAGCGCGGGGUCGUGUGCCUCAUCUUACCGAAGCACGAGUGCAGCUCAAGCCAAGCGUCCCUGUGAUGAAUCCCAGCCCCACAAGCACCCCAGACAGCGCCCCUCCCAGCAACAGACGCCUGGGCGGCCCGUCGGGCGUCGGUAAUGCUGGCUGUGGCUGAGCUGCUUCGACCAAGAGGUUGCCGAUGGCAGCAGGCGAUGAUGGCGGGCUGAUGUCGGGCUGUGACGGGAAGAAGGACGUGAACGGGAGGGUGGAGCGCGACAGGGUUGGGGGUAUCAGGAAGGGGAGCAGCAGUAAUGCCCCUACCAGGUACUCAGCCGCCGCUUGGAAAGACACGUCAAACUGCCCUUCGAUCAUCUCGGAAUACACUGCGGCCUGAUGGUGCCGCCAGCAGCAGAACAGAGAGAGAAGUUCUCUGACACAGAUACGAAACACCUCUGCAUCCAGGUUUGUACCUUGCCAACGAUGGUCUUCAGUUCGGUGAAAUUGAUGCCGUUGAACAACGCAGCCAGCAAGAGGAGCACACGUGGCCAGGUCCUCUGGAAACUGUCAGACCGCACCUGAUGAAAACAGUGCAAGACGAACAUCCAGCACCACAUUUCAAGACAGUGGGCGCGCGUCAGGGUCUGUCUGUGUGGUGUGCGCCAUGUUACCACUCGCUCGACGUCCUCUCGCACUCCCCUGAUCCACCCGUCCACCGGCUCCUUCUUGUCCUCCCUUUGUGCCCUCCACAAUAGCUCCACGGCCAACGCCUGGGGCCGCCGCCGCUUGCCACUCGAUGACAGCUCCAAUGGGUCGAAGUACAGCCCCUCCAGCUCGUCAUCAAGACUGGACCGCAGCGGCGUGUUAUCCUCCCGUCCAGCGUGGUGGCCGAUGGGCUCGUCGAAUGGCCGCUCUCGAGUGGUUUGGUCUAUCGACAUCGACAGCGCCGACUUGUGCAGUCGCUGUCUUUGAGCAGAGAGCCAUGGCGGUGGGGGGAGGAAGGCGUCGUUUGCCGGUGACCUUUGUUGGCGUGGGGCGGCUCGGCGUUCGACAGAGGAAGACAGAAAACGCUGCUGGGAGAUUAUGGACGAGAGAUCUGCGGCCUCCGCUGCACAGCAGAGCCCCAGAGAGGGUCCCCAAAUCCUCAUCGCCGCAGGAAAGGUGUUUCCCC